ACUCACGACCAUCCCAUUGCACUUCGUUUCCAUCCCCAAAUCCAUCUCCACCCACUCCACCGACACCAUCAAAAUGGUUGCCAUCGCUCGCACCCUCGGCGCCGCCCGCGCGGUCGCCCGCUCCGGCAUGCCUGCCUCUCGUUUCGUCUCCACACAGGCUCCCCGCAACGCCCUCGUCCAGAACGGUGCCUUCCGCAAGGCCUUCAAGCCCGCCAACAUGGUCCAGUCCCGCGGCAUCGUUGCUGAGUCGACCGCCGCCGCCAUGGUCGCUGCCGCUAAGAUUCAGGGUGCCGGUAUUGCCACUGUCGGUCUUGCUGGUGCCGGUGUCGGUAUCGGAACGGUUUUCGGUGGUCUCAUUCAGGGUGUCGCCCGCAACCCCUCCCUCAGGGGCCAGCUCUUCCAGUAUGCCGUUCUGGGUUUCGCCUUCGCUGAGGCUACUGGUCUUUUCGCCCUCAUGAUGUCCUUCUUGCUCCUCUACGUUGCAUAGAGUGGUGCGCUGCUUUGGCACUCUGUCAUCGGGUCUUCGGGUCGGUCACAAGGGUGGAAAAUUCUGCGGAUGGGUGUGUGCAUACAAGACAACCAUUUCCUUAGUCUAGUGGCCGGUCAGAUUGUAAAACAUGUACUUUAGAUCAACAAUCUGAGGAGCAAGCUGCCGCUUCACUGCUCUUAAUCAAU